CCGACCGGAAAGAUCCCCCGGGCAGCUCGGUGUCAUGGAGAUCUGGGAGGUAACGUUACUCUUACAGAAGUAUAACUACAUUUAGGUGAAGGUGGUGCAGGAAAAGUUGGGAGAGAAACCUUGAUGGUGUGAGUGUCUUCGUCGAGCUCCAGUUUACAUUUUCAGUUAAAGACACUUAUCGUUUUGUAAGCGGUCACCGUCUCCCGGAACCAACGGCUGUUUAACGGACACAUUUAACGAUGUUUCAGAUAAAGAGGAUCUGUUGCAUUGGUGCCGGGUACGUAGGAGGCCCGACAUGUAGUGUGAUCGCCCACAUGUGUCCAGAGAUCACCGUGACCGUUGUGGAUGUCAAUGAGACCCGCAUCAAAGCCUGGAAUUCGGACACUCUGCCCAUAUAUGAGCCGGGUCUGAAAGAGGUAGUUGAAUCAUGCAGAGGGAGAAAUUUGUUCUUCUCAACAGACAUCGAUCCAGCCAUCAGGGACGCAGACCUCGUCUUUAUCUCUGUGAACACCCCAACCAAGACCUAUGGGAUGGGGAAGGGUCGUGCAGCUGACCUCAAGUUCAUUGAGGCAUGUGCUCGGCGGAUUGUGGAGGUGUCUGAUGGCUACAAGAUAGUCACAGAGAAGAGCACCGUCCCGGUUCGAGCUGCUGAGAGCAUUAGACGGAUAUUUGAUGCCAACACCAAGCCCAGCCUCAACCUACAUGUGCUGUCCAACCCAGAGUUCCUGGCAGAAGGAACAGCAGUGAAGGAUCUGAAGGAGCCGGACCGCGUCCUGAUUGGUGGAGACGAAACAGCCGAAGGUCAAAGGGCAAUUAAAGCUCUGUGUGCCGUCUAUGAGCACUGGGUCCCCAAAGAACGCAUCAUCACCACCAACACAUGGUCAUCCGAGCUGUCCAAACUGGCAGCCAAUGCAUUCCUGGCGCAGCGGAUCAGCAGCAUCAACAGUAUCAGCGCUCUCUGUGAGGCCACCGGGGCCGAUGUGGAGGAGGUCGCCAAGGCCAUUGGUAUGGACCAGAGAAUAGGCAGCAAGUUUCUCAAAGCCAGCAUAGGUUUUGGUGGAAGCUGUUUCCAGAAGGACGUCCUGAAUUUGGUGUACCUGUGCGAAGCCCUCAACCUUCCUGAGGUCGCCUCCUACUGGCAACAGGUGAUCGACAUGAACGAGUAUCAAAGGCGGCGAUUUGCAUGCAGGAUUAUUGACUGCCUCUUCAACACUGUUACUGGUAAAAAGAUCGCUCUGCUGGGCUUCUCCUUCAAAAAAGAUACUGGUGACACAAGGGAGUCGUCCAGUAUCUACAUCUCUAAGUAUCUGAUGGAUGAGGGAGCCAAGUUGUUCAUCUACGACCCCAAAGUUCUUAAGGAACAAAUCAUUCAUGACCUCUCCCAGCCCAACAUCUCAGAGGACAACCCAGGAAGAGUGUCGGAGCUGGUGACUGUGACCACAGACCCUUAUGAGGCCUGCACGAGCGCACAUGCAUUGGUCAUCUGCACUGAGUGGGACAUGUUUAAGGAGCUGGACUAUGAGAAGAUUUACAAGAAGAUGCUGAAGCCGGCCUUCAUAUUCGAUGGUCGCAGAGUGCUGGACCACCUCCAUGCUAGCCUCCACAACAUUGGCUUCCAGAUCGAAACCAUCGGUAAGAAAGUGACCGCAACACGAAUCCCCUACACCCCGGCAGCGGUUUGUCCUCGCAUCACUGCCAGUGAACCUCCCACCAAGAAAGCCAAAGUCUAAAACUCACUUCACCUCCACACACACGACAUGCAACACAUUCCUCUCUCAACCUUUUUAUUGCUGGUGAAACAUUUCAUUCAGGUCCAACCCCCGUCUGUUGUCGGUACACGCCUAAUGAUCAAAAAGGCCAGAACAGCGUGACUAACUGCUGCCUUGCAGUCGGCCUGAGAGGACGAACUUGAGCCUUCAGUCCAAAAUUGAGUGAAUGUGAUCCAUGAAUGUGUUCCAUGAAUGUGUUCCGAGUCUUUGGAAGAAGUUUAGUGAUAAACCGUCACUUUUUAUACAAUUAGCAUUUAUCAACCAAACAUUUUAGAUGCAGUCAUCUAUCGCACCGUCUAUUUCAAAUGAACACUAUUAGUGAGUAUACUUUCCUACAGUAUUUACUAUAUAAUCAAGUAUUGUUGCUAAAUGGCAAAAUAGUUUUAUACAAUUUUUUUUAAAUAUUUUUUAUAAAUCAUGUUAAUCAAUAUCUGUCCUCUGUAUCAGUGACUUUUUACUAAAAACGGCAAUACAAUAAAAUGUGAUGUAUGUC